UGGAGCCGGUGCGCAAGACGAGCGAGUGAGUGCCUGGCGGCCCUGUGGACUUUGGGCAACUCUGAGAGGGAGAAGGUCGCUUUUACAAUAUGCUCGGGUAGAUAAGCAACAUGUUCUUCCGGGUGGGCUAUCAGAACCGAAGGGACUUUUAAGAGUCACUUUCCGCCGCUCAUAAGGGGAAAUCGAGGUCCGGAGAAGGGAAAGCAAGUGGCUGAAUGCCGGUAAAAGGCAGGAAGAGAGCGGAGCCCAGGGCUCCAGGGGGCCGGUUCGGGACCUGCUUCCACCAGCGGAGUCUAAGGUCAUCCCCGUGGCCGUGCGCCACCCCGGUCUCAGCCGAAGGAAGGCGCACUGGACCCAAACAAAUCCGACGCUCCGAGUCUCCGCAGUCGUUAAGCAAAGAGGAAGGGGAAGCGCUUCUUCACUAGGCCACAGGACCGGGCCUUAGAACUUUUGGGUUUUAUCCAUAAAAGGUCCUUUGGCAAUAGAAGAAAAACCCAGAUAGAAACCUGCAAACUGGGAUCUUCUGCCGGCCCCGCCCUCCGGCUGCGACCCUGAGCUUGAGAGGAACCGCCCCAGGCCCGGACUCCGGUUCCACUGCGCAGUCUGCGCGCUGCAGUAAAGCCGCGUCCACCGCCGCGGGUCCCCAACCCUGCGCCGCCGCCGCCGCCCCGGGGAGGGUACGAAGAAGGCGCGCCGCGGCCCACGGGCCCCUCCAGAGCGCGGCGGGGCCGGGCCGCGCGGAAUCACGGGCCAGAGGCGGGGCCGCGCCGGGGUGGGCGGGCGUGCUAGCGGCGCUUUCCACUCCGGCAGACGCGCGGGCGCCCGGGCGCGGCGCCGCCGGCACCGGAGAGGCACGGCAGCCGGGGCGGGCAGCGGCGGCCGGGCCGCGGCGGGCGCCCGGGCGGGGUCGGCGCUGAGCCGCCUUCUCGGCCGGCUGGUCCCUGCGGCGGCUGCCCGGCGGCCUGGGCGCGCGGCCCUUCGCCAUGUACACCUUCGUGGUGCGCGAUGAGAACAGCAGCGUCUACGCCGAAGUCUCCCGGCUGCUUCUCGCCACCGGUCACUGGAAGAGGCUGCGGCGAGACAACCCCAGGUUCAACCUGAUGUUGGGAGAGAGGAACCGGCUGCCCUUCGGGAGACUGGGUCACGAGCCCGGGCUGGUACAGUUGGUGAAUUACUACAGGGGCGCUGACAAACUGUGUCGCAAAGCUUCUUUAGUGAAGCUAAUCAAGACAAGCCCUGAACUGGCUGAGUCCUGCACAUGGUUCCCUGAGUCCUAUGUGAUUUAUCCAACCAAUCUCAAGACCCCAGUUGCUCCAGCACAGAAUGGAAUUCAGCCACCAGUCAGUAACUCAAGGACAGAUGAAAGAGAAUUCUUUCUCGCUUCUUAUAACAGAAAGAAGGAGGAUGGAGAGGGCAACGUUUGGAUUGCAAAGUCAUCAGCUGGUGCCAAAGGUGAAGGCAUUCUCAUCUCGUCAGAGGCUUCAGAGCUUCUCGAUUUCAUAGACAACCAGGGCCAAGUGCACGUGAUCCAGAAAUAUCUUGAGCACCCUCUGCUGCUUGAGCCAGGUCAUCGCAAGUUUGACAUUCGAAGCUGGGUCCUGGUGGAUCAUCAGUAUAAUAUCUACCUCUAUAGAGAGGGUGUGCUUCGGACUGCUUCAGAACCGUAUCAUGUUGAUAAUUUCCAAGACAAAACCUGCCAUUUGACCAAUCACUGCAUUCAAAAAGAGUACUCAAAGAACUACGGGAAGUAUGAAGAAGGAAAUGAAAUGUUCUUCAAGGAGUUCAAUCAGUACCUAACAAGUGCUUUGAACAUUACCCUAGAAAGUAGUAUCUUACUACAAAUCAAACAUAUAAUAAGGAACUGCCUCCUGAGCGUGGAGCCUGCCAUUAGCACCAAGCACCUCCCUUACCAGAGCUUCCAGCUCUUCGGCUUUGACUUCAUGGUGGACGAGGAGCUGAAGGUGUGGCUCAUUGAAGUCAACGGUGCCCCUGCGUGUGCUCAGAAGCUCUAUGCAGAACUGUGCCAGGGCAUCGUGGACAUAGCCAUUUCCAGUGUCUUCCCACCCCCAGAUGUGGAGCAACCUCAGACCCAGCCAGCUGCCUUCACCAAGCUGUGAUGGAGGGGCGCUCCCUGCUGCCUUGGAAAAAGCACGGGGUCCUGCUCCAGGGAAUGGUGAAAUGACUGGAUUGCUUUUUAUCCAGCCCACAGCAGGGGAAAGAAAGGCCACUCGCAAAGAUGAGAUGGAGGAAGGCACGUGAGCAGAGGAUGCAGCUCCCGAAGACAGGGUUGCUCAGGGGGCUUCCCAGGUGGAGCACUCAGCAAUGCUGUUGAGACGUUUGAAAACAACUUUGGUACACAAAGGCAGCCUUGUGAGCAGAGCUCCUUUCCCUCUCCCCGGGAAUGGCAGGGCACUGGGACCUCUGGUCGGUGCCUCCCACCCACUGCAGCCCUAGUGCCUUAGCUCCAUGCCCGGCUGCAGCCCCACUGCUCUGGACUGUGGAUUGGACGUCAGAGCAUAUUGGAGGUUGCCUGUGUGUUCCCCGCCCAUCCCUUCCGUAACACUCUGCCACUCAGCUCUGGACAAGCAUGCACCAACAGUCCUUAGUUUUGUUUUGUGCACUGGCCUCUCGGUGAAGGUGGUUUCCCGCAUCACCUUCCUGAUGGCGUUUGGUCAGUCACCUGUCAGGGUUUGUGUGGGUUGGGCCCCAAAACAGCAUAUGCUGCCCUAAGUCUGCUCUCUGCAUGUUUUAGAAACAAAGUGGCAAGUCUGCCCUGAACCUGUAAGCAUCAAAUAAGCAUGAGAGAGAACAAAACAUGAUAUAUUGCUUUACUUAAUAGGUUGAAUAUGGUAGGUCUUUGAAAAUAUGAUGAUUCAAUUUUCUCAAUUUUCUUUGCUUUAACCAAAAUUCUAAAUGCAGUUUUGCCUAGUUCUCCCCCGCCCCUUUUUUUUUUUUUUUUUUUUUUUUUUUUAAAAAAAAACCUUUGUAAAAACCUCUCUGAGGAUCAGGAGUCAGUAAAAUUCCACUCCCCAGUGGCCCUGCCCCAGACAAAGGUUGCUUUCCCCCUUUUUGUUCUUUUUAUGCCCCAAGCACUUUCUGCAGUAGCUAGAGGGACAGGUUUCCUUCCAGGAAGGUUUUGAGUUCCUGUGCCUGUAGGCAUCAGGAGAGUAUAUGUGAGAAUAUAUGUCCUGCCUGAAUGGGAAAGUCUUCUAAAAUGGGAAAGAAGUGGUUUCAGCUCCACACAGUGUCUUGUAAGUCUCAACAAAUGUGUACUGUUAGAAGUGGCUUCCACUUACUGGAUUAACUAAUACUUUAUAGGCUUUUCAGGAGGCCACAUCACUAGCAGUAGGGAGAACAAGAUGUCAUUUGUGUUCAGUGUAAGCUGAGUAGACAGGCCCUUCCUAGAGUGUCCUGGAAAUCACAGCAACCCAUUGAAAACUGCCCUCCCCACCAGAACGUGCUGUGUUCUUUCUUCAUGGCUAUGUGUGCUCCAUUCCUCGUUUCUGCUUGGCUCAAGAAAACAUUUCUGCAGUCAGGUGAGACUUUUACAAAAGAGGAGAAAAUCAAUGCCUCCUUGAACAUGAUGACAUGUGAGAACUUACGAUGAAAAAGGCAAUAAUGAUAGAAAUUAUUUCUUAGGUGCAGCAAUAGUUGAUAGGAUGUGAGGGUGUUACCUUGGGGUGAAGUGGAGAAGGUCCCAGGUGAAUUGGCUCUCAUGGAAAUUUGAAAUUGCAAAGUAAACGUCCUGGGGAUUACCCAGAAUACAGAUUUAAAAGUUUGCCUGUAGAGCAAAAUAAAACAGUCAGUUGUAAUUGUUAAUCUGUGAGACCCAACGCAGCCGAUGGGUUGGUAUUUGGGAAAUUCAGAGAAGGGAAUGAGAUCUGAUCGGAUCCUGGGAAGAUGUAUACCCAGUUAGAACCUGUAGGGUUCUGGGUCCCUGGCAAGUCCAGGUGGGCGGGUGACAGGAAAAGCAUGGGCGUUUUUGUAAUGCUGUCACAUGCUAACACAGGUUUGUAAUUAUCUUUUGGACCCAAAUUAUAGAGACAUUCACGGGUUUUCUAGCCCUCACGGUAACAGAGCUAAGAAUUCAGAUGUCAGGAAGUCUGUGAAUCUUGAUGGAUUUUCUGAGAAACCUGAUUCAAUGGCAUAUAUAUGAGGGAAGUAAGACUUUUAAGAAAAUAAAAAGUUAUGCCUCA